AUUCUCCUUCUCCUUUCUUUCAAUUCCCCUGCUUGCCAAUUGAGAUUCUUCCUGUUCUUCACCGGAAAAAGCAGCAUUUGCUUGAAUUGAUCAAGCGAAUGCGAAUAUUUUGUAGUCAAUUUCGAAGAAGAGUAUAAAACGAGGUGAAAUUUGAUACCGACAAUUCAUCAAUUUGCCGCCAUAUCCGCCAUUAACGGAGCUUCUAUGUUCUUGCUCUUCCUAUCGGCGACGACAAUGGCGUCGAGGGAAGUCCCACUUGGGUCGCCUCUGGGCAAAACGAAGCAACCUCCUCCUUCUCUCGAACUCUUCAGUGACGUCGGCGGCGGAAGGAAUUUCCCGCCGCUCGUCGUCGCGGUCAUCCCCGUCCUCGUCGGCGCGUUUCUGCUGAUCAGCUACUACUACGCCAUCGUGAAGAAGUACUGCGGCACUUUGGACUCCCGGUGGCGGCGCUCCGGCGGCGGCGGCGGCCAAGAGUUCUACGACGAUCGCUGGCGCGAAGAAAGAUGGGAUUUUUCGGAGUCAGAUGGACUCGACGACGCCUCGAUCGCCAAACUAUCGGUCCGCGUUUACGGUUCCGGCGACGGAAUCGUCGGCGCCGCCGAUUGCUCGGUGUGCCUGGGGGAGUUCCGGGAGGCGGAGCGACUCCGGUUGCUCCCCGUGUGCGGCCACGCCUUCCACCUGCGCUGCAUCGACGCGUGGCUGAAGGCGCGCGCCAAUUGCCCCCUUUGCCGGGCCAACGCCUUGCCGGUCACUCCGAAGCCGGAAUCGCCACCGCCUGCUGAACUGGUCGUCGCCGACGGCGAGGCGGCGGCGAUAUUGGUCGGAGGCGAGGAGUCCGGAGUCAUGAGGCGGUCGAUGUCGAUGGAAUUGGCGCACGAGCAGCGUACUAUGAGCUCUGUUCCUUUGAAGAGAUCCUUAUCGGUUGGAAGGUUGACGGUAAGCAAUUCGAUGUUUCCUUUAUGAGAUCAUUCAUGGUAAUAGUUUCAAUCGGAUGAACAUGAACAGUCAUUGACGAAGAACUCGAAAGGAAUGUUGGUAAUAAUAUUUCUUUUUAA